AUGACUUUAACCGAAUUUGUAAAAGCCGAUAUUUUAGCCACUUGCAGUGCUUUAGGCAUCCAAAAAGGACUUAUUUACGAAAAGAGUGCUGAAUGUUUGGAAUGCUUGCGCGACCUUUUGAGAUAUUUGAAAAACGACGAUGAUGAUCAUUCUGUAAUUCGUUACUUAGGAUCAAUUCGUCUAUUACAAACAGACAUCAUACCAAUUAUUAAGCAGUAUCACAGAGAACAAGAAAUUUUUGAUUUUGCUUUGCGUCUUCUAGUUGCCAUAACCAAUCCUGCGUUGCUGCUGUAUAAAGAAGAACUGCCUGAUGACAAAUUGGAGCGCAAUGUUUAUCUUCAAAUCGUAUCAUGUCUACAGACUUAUAAAAAAGCAUUGAUCGAUCCCACCUUUUGGAAAGCUCUAUAUGUCCGCUUGUACAAUCUGUUGGAUAAAAGUGCGUUUGAACGUACGGACGAUGAAAAUUUGACAAUUGAAAGAAUUUUAAUUACGGUUCGUAAUGUUCUUCAUGUGCCUUCAGAUGAAAGUUCAUAUAUUAGAACUGAUGAUGAUUACAGCUUGCAUGACAAACUUCUGUUAAGCAUUCACGAAUCCAAGUUGGAUCUUCUUGUUUUAUAUAUGGCUGCUAAUGAAGACGAGCAUGAUUAUUGUCUUCAUGUCUUGGAAAUCAUUUCUUUGAUGCUUCGUGAGCAUACUGCAGCUGAUCUGGCUCGCACUGCUGAUGUACGUUCUGACGCAGAGAAGGAAGAAGAUUUAAACACUUUAAUGGUUGUGAGGCAACGAGAACAACAUAUGAAAAAUCAAAAGUUAAAAUCCCUCACACCUAGGUUUAGUCGAUUUAACGGAGUGUAUCAAGUAAAAAAUAUGAAGUCUCUUAGUGAUAAAGAUUAUAUUGCUCAUAAAUUUGUUAACUUAGACGAGGUGAAAUUUGACGCUCAAAAGAGUGCUAGGAGAACCCCAAAAAAUAGACUUCCAGCUCGUGACCAAAACGAGACAAGGCGUUCAAAAUUUACAGUUAGGUUGUUGCUAAAGAAAAUAUGCAUAGAAUUUUUAAAAUCUUACAAUAAAUUGCUGGUUUCUGUGAAACGCCAACUACAGCACAAUAAAACCAAUGAAAAUGAUGAUACAUAUUUUUUGUGGGUUAUUCGUUACUUCAUGGAAUUCAAUCGCAUUCAUGAUUUUAAUGUUGCUUUUGUCGCUGAGACUAUUUCUAUGCAAACAUUUCACCACAUUCAAACAGAAAUCAACAACUAUCUUGAAAUGAUGUUGACUGAUAAAAAGAAAAUGAUGUUUUGGUCCAGAAGAACACAGUUAGGCGUUAGUGCUUAUAAAGAACUCCUUGAGACAUUAAGGGUAAUGGAAAGAUCUAAAGAGGAAGUGAUAAGACAUAAUGCUGAUCUUAUAAUAAAGAAUGUAUUUUAUGUGAUUGAAUACAGAGAACUGCUUUAUACAUUGCUUACUCAGUAUGAUGAAGUUAAGUUCCCAUUGUCUUAUCUCGCUGAACUUGUAGAAAGUGCAUAUCUAUUUUUAAAAAUGCUGGAAAAUCAUUCUAAAAGACAUUCUGAAGUGAUUGUCCAAACCAAAAAAAGGACUGUUCGUCGAAGAAAGAAAAAGAAAUCGUCUGUCGAAGAGCCUGUAGCAACAGAGCAGCUCCUUAAUGACCAGUGGGAGUCCAUAUCUGGGGAUUUAUUUGCCGCAACACAAGGUGAAGUAGAAUUGCCCACUAACGUAACGCCUUUUGAUGGCGCUUCAAACAUUUCUUUCACAGAGCAAAAAAUUGAAGCCGUGUACAAAAUCCGAGAUUCUAUCACUGCUAAUGACGCUGCUUCGGCUGUUGCUUUGUUACGAGCCGCAAGGGAGCUCUGGCCGGAGGGUGAUGCUUAUGGAAAUGCCACUACUUCUGCAGAGGAGGAGGUUAACAUUCUGAAAGAGAUUCAUUUCUCAAAUGUUCAGCGAACAAACACUGAAGGUAACACAGUUGAGCAUGAAGAAUCGGAUGUGGAAGAAGAAGAAAUGGAAGCAUCAAUGUCUUCAGUUGCUGAGAAAAAAUUAGAAAUAGAUGAAGUUUAUAAAAAGUAUGCUUCACCAAAAGUAGUUCAGCCAUGCUGUUUAUUAUUAGCAAAUUAUCAUAAAAAUUCUGAUCAAACAAAUACCAGUUUAAUUAAAUUUAUUCAUAAAAUUGCUUGGAAUUGCAAAAUGUAUGCUUUAUUUUUCCAGUCUACAGUGUUUGUGACUUUUCAUAAAAUCUUUAAUGAUCCUGAUGUUAAUUUCCGCCCAAUUAUUAAAGAAUUUUACAGAUUUGGUAAAUUUAUUAUGUCCAAAUUUUUUGAAGUGGCAAAAGAGAACCCUAAAAUUUUUGUUGAGAUGUUAUUUUGGAAAGGGGCUCGUGAAGUUUACGAGUUAGAGGAAGGUUAUGGAGCAUCUGAGAAUCGAUCGUCAAAAUUGAUUUGGACUGAAGAAGAAGACGAAGAAUUGCAAUAUCUCUUUGAAGAAAAUAAGGAUGUACAUAUUGAAGGGCAAGAUGUUGCUGAUAUCAUAUGCGCAAGUAUGAAUAAAAAAUCUAAAUCUAAAAAGCAAAUUAUAUCAGCCUUGAAAAGAUUAGGAUUGAUAAGUAAUGCAAAAGAUUUAAAACCGCAUUUGAGUAAAGAAUGGCGGGAAACAGAAGUUUUGGAACUUACACAUUUAUUCAAUGAUUACAAGGACUCGGAAGAUAUAAUGAGUGAUAUUCGUGAAAGGCUUUCUAUCAAACGCUCGAGGAAAGCUGUAGUUGAAAAGUUACUGGAACUUAAUUUAAUCACUGAUCGAAAAGAAGUAAGAAAGAAAAAAUCAAAGAAGCAGAAUAAAAAUAAUGACAGUAGGGAUUCAGAUUCUUCUGAUGACGAAAGUGAAUUAUCUGAUAGCUUAAUUGUGCCAGAACAUAAAAAUGUAGCAAAUAAAAGUGGUUCUGAAUCUGAUGCAGAUGACGAAAACUAUUUUAAUAGAUUGAAAGCUGAACGUAAUACUAGCAAUUCAGCUGCCAAUGAAAACGUAGAAGUUAACGAAGUUGCAACACUUGAAAUGUUAACUGAUAGGAAUAUGGAAAUUAAAAUUUGGGAUGAGCAAGAAAUAAUGGAAUUGAAUCGUUUAUUCGAAGAACAUAAAAGUUCUAAUAAAGUAUUGAAAAACAUCAUCAAAGGUUUAACCAUUAAAAGGUCCAAAUCAGAAAUAGUAGGAAAAUUGCUAGAAAUGGGACUUAUUAAAGAUAAGAUGGAACUUAAAAGAAAAGAAAAAAAGCAUGAAAAAUCUAACAAGCAACUGGUAAAAAAAACAGAAGGUACUUUAGAAGGAAAAAAGAAGUCAUCUAAGGUUUGGGAAGAGCAAGAAGUUGUAGAAUUAACACAAGUUUUUAAUGAAUUCAAAGGCUCUGAGAACAUCAUGGACAUGAUUCUACAAAAAUUAACUGUCAAAAGGACAAAGCCGGCUAUCGUUGAAAAAUUAUUAGAAAUUGGAUUGAUUCAAGAUAAGAAAGAAGUUAGGAAAAAACGUACCUCUAAAAAAUUUAGCAAUGGAAAAGAAAAUAGUUCAGGUGAACACUCUGAAGACAGUACUUUUGAAGACAUUGCAGAAUCUUUGCUUGGAUCUGCACAAGGUAAAAAACGUUUGAAGAGAAGAAUUUUAUCAGACUCAUCUGAUGAUGAACAACUGGAGUCGAAGAUCUCUGAUAUUUCUGAGGGGCCAAUAGCUAAUCCUCCCAACAGUUCUAAAAAAGCAGGUAGUGUGAAACGUCCUCCAAAAGUGUGGAAUGAGCAAGAAGUUAUUCAGUUGCAUAAUUUGUUUCGACAGCAUCGAGACUCACCUGAUGUAGUUCAAAACAUAAAUGAUGAACUAACCGUUAAACGUCCUAAAGAGAAGAUUAUUGAAAAGUUAUUGGAAUUGGGUUUAAUUCAAGAUCGGAAAGAAAUUCGGAAGAAAAGAUCUUCAAAAUGCAUUAAACCUAAAGUUUCUGAAUUUUGGGAUGAAAGUGAAGUUAUUCAACUUCACAAUUUAUAUAGUGAACACAAAAAUUCUGCUGAUGUUGUUCUAAAUAUUGUUAAUAAUUUGUCUGCCAAACAUUCUAAAGAAGCAGUAAUUGAAAAACUUGUGCAAUUAGGAAUAGUACAAGAUCGAAAAGAACUCAAGAAGAAAGGAACUAAAGAAACAAAUUCUGAUAUUUCAAAAGUAUGGAAUGAAAGUGAAGUUAUUGAGCUAUAUAAUUUGUUUACACAAUACAAAAAUUCUACUGAUGUUGUUCAAAGUAUUGUAGACAAUAUGACUAUCAAGCGGUCCAAGAAAAUGCACAAAACUUCUAAUGAUCCUAUUCAGAAUAUUGUAGAUAAUUUAGCUGUUAACCGUCCAAGAACAAAAGUAGUUCAAAAGCUCUUAGAAUUGGGACUGAUUAAAAGUGAAAAAGAAAUUUCAAAAGUGACCAACUCUCCGGAUGCCAUCACGGAUAAAGUUAUUGAAGAUUCAUCAGAUGAUGAACUUCCAUUAGUUCAGUCAUUUGCAUCUAAGUCUAAUGUUGAAAAUUUAGUUGAUUCAUCUGAUGAUGAUGAACUGCCAUUAAUUAAUUCAUUUGCAUCCAAGACUAAUGUUGAGAAUUUAGCUGAUUCAUCUGAUGAUGAUGAACUGCCAUUAAUUAAUUCGUUUGCAUCCAAGACUAAUAUUGACAAUUUAGCCGAUUCAUCUGAUGAUGAUAAUUUACUGCUAAGCCGUAAAAAAGGGAAUAUGUCUGAUGCAAAGAAAAAACUUCAACCACUUUUAUCGGAUUCUUCUGAUGACGAAUUACUUUUUAAUGGAACCAUAUCCAGUUCAUCGAAAGAGGGUGAUCAGGACAUUAAUCAAAAUUCAAAAAUUGGUGGACAGGAUGAAAGUGAUCCUCUUUUGAAAGAAAUGCUUGGUACCGAAAACACUUCUUUACAAGAUCCAAGUUCAACUCUUUCGGACGGUAUAACAAAUGAAAAAAUUAGUGCCUUACCAUCUUCACAUUCUUCUGUAAACAAUGCAGCAGAAACUGUUCCUCAUAGUUUAGAAAGUUUAAAGGCCAAGAGAAAACGGAUUAUUUUUAGUGAUGAAUCUAGUGACGACAAUGAUUUUACUGAAAUAAACAGUAGUAAAAAAUCUGCAUUCAUAGAUGAAGAUAAAAGUGCAGAAAAUUCUUCUGAUUUAAAAUUGAAGAAAAAGAAAAUACGUGUUUUGCUGGACAGUGAUGAUUCUUCUUGA